CAGAUCACUUGGAAUGUCAGAUAACCGCGGCGAGUCGUACCAUGUACAUCGGGAGCAGUGUGGUCGGUGGACACUGACUCACCUUCCGACAAACUGUUCAGAAAAAGUGAUUGUGGGUGGAAAUUCGUGAAGAUCACAUACGUUCGAAUUGUUAUGAAGUGCUGUCAUGGCCACGUUGGCUAGCAACAUGGUCCCUCACCCUCAUCAUUUCUCCAGGACGGUCGAGAGCACAGAUGGUUCUGUUUCGAUGGAUUCGAACGACCACUUCGACAGGGAGUCGCCUCACAUCGACCACAACAGUUGCAGCAGCGAGGAUACAGUUUUGUCCGUCGGUAAUGAGAAUGAGAUUCCGAUAGUUAAAGAACCGUUGACGUUCAAAAAUAUAGAAAGUCACUUGAAUGCGAUAUCGCAGAUAACGAACAGUACGUUAGAUCCAGAACUGAGCAAAAGUCCGUCUAGUCCAUUAAAUUAUAGGUUAAGUCCUACGAGUACCAAGUCGGUACCCAGUUCACCGAGUUAUUUGUACCACGAGCGGUCUUCUGACUUCUUCAGGUCGAAUCUGUGCUCUCCGAGGUCUCUGUCGGGACCAGAGUCGCCGGAAAGUGUCAAUCGUAGUCCGAGACCGGUGGAUAACUUCUAUGUUCAACAGAAUAACAGUACGAAAACGAAUAAUGACAAUGCCGACGGAAGCAGUUUGAAGUUUUCGAUAGACAAUAUUUUAAAGGCCGAUUUCGGAAGGAGGAUCACUGAUCCUAUUAACAUAAGGAAGUCGAAGCCGAAGAAAGCUGCGACAGAGGCUUUCGAUGAGAGUUUGAAAACUCUCCCAGUGGAUCUGUCCAAAAGUGAUAGCGGGGAAAAGAGCUCGACGACCGCGGACGGUUCAAAGCCUCCCAUGAUGUGGCCGGCGUGGGUUUACUGCACGAGGUACAGCGACAGACCGAGUUCAGGAAGAAGUCCACGAACCAGAAGGAUGAAGAAACCUAGCACCAAAACUGGCCAAACUGCCGAAGAGAAGCGACCUAGGACAGCUUUUUCUGGAGCACAACUUGCCAGGUUGAAACACGAGUUUGCGGAGAACAGAUACUUGACAGAAAGGCGAAGACAACAGCUCAGCUCAGAGUUGGGCUUGAACGAAGCCCAGAUAAAGAUAUGGUUUCAGAACAAGAGGGCUAAAAUCAAAAAGGCAUCAGGACAGAAGAACCCUCUGGCGUUACAGCUGAUGGCGCAAGGCCUUUACAACCAUUCCACGAUACCGCUAACGAAAGAAGAAGAAGAACUUCAGGAGAUGCAGAACUCGAAAGGAACAUAGACUUGUAGUGAGCUUUUGUGAUUGACUCAAGAAUUAUGAGGUUAACUCAAGGCGAUUAGACUGAGUUCGAUCAGGUUUUGUUGAAGUGUUCAGGUUUAGAUACAACUGGUAACAGCUCUACUGAAAUGUAGUCCAAGCUUUGUGUUUCUCUAAAA